CGCAGAAUCCAGUUUGAUGCGGAAACUCAAAACCGAAGCGACCGAAGCCUUCAGACGACACUCGACAAAUGAGUGUUGUUCAGUAAACAGCAGCUGACAGUCUGCUGGUUUAGCCCCCAAACGGUUUGACGUUAUUUUUUAAUCGUUUCGAGACCUGCCGUAAACUUGUAUUUUGGAGGCAGACUUCCGCCCCGAUUAAUCCGGAUUACAGGAUCCAGACCGGUUGGCGGGUUUCUCACGUGCGAUGAAAGAUAUGAGCGUUUUCAACGGGAUUUCAGGUUCAACUCUGGAGGAUUUGGAUUUCAUCCAGGAGAUGAUCACGACAGAUCUGGUUCCUCACCUGCCCGGUCCUCCGGCUCCUCCUGCUGACCUCCUGUGCCAGCAGCUUGGCACAAACCACAGGAUGCUCUAUCAGAGCUCCUCGCCGCCAUCAGAGCCCAUCCUGGUACCAAGAGGCACUGCACGCCAACCAACGUGCGUGUUCCCACAGCCUCUGCAGCAGCCGUGCAAUUCCAGGGAAAUGGCAUCAGGUCAUUCUUGCAGAGGAAAUGCCUCCCGGCGUACUCGAGGAUCCUCGCGCUCAUUGCCCUCUAAGGUUCCCAUCAGUUUGUCUCAGGCCCAAGCCGACACCGAGAUGCUGGAGCACAUUCUGGAAAAGCCCAAACUGGUGGUGGUGGAGGAACCCAAGGAACGAGGCAUGAGGUUCCGCUACGAGUGCGAGGGACGCUCGGCCGGCAGCAUCCUGGGCACGUCCAGCACAGAGUCCAACAAAACUCAACCUGCUGUAGAGAUUCAGGGUCCCAUCGAGCACAUUAACAAUGUCAAAGUCACUGUUUCCUUGGUGACCAAAGACUUUCCACACCGGCCUCACCCGCACUGCCUUGUGGGUAAAGACUGUCCUGACGGUUCAGGAAUAUGCGUGGUCACAUUUAAUCCUCACAGCAACCGGCGCCACAGCUUCUCUAACCUCGGUAUUCAGUGUGUAAAGAGGAAGGACCUGGAUGAUUCACUUCAGAAGAGAAGGAGCCAAAAUGUCGACCCCUUUCAAACAGGUCACUCGAAGGGCAUCGAGGACAUGGACAUGAACGCGGUGCGUCUGUGUUUCCAGUGCGAGCUUGAGUGGGACAACGGCAGGAAGGACUGUCUCAGUCCACUGGUCUCCAACCCCAUCUAUGACAAGAAGGCCACAACUACAUCCCAACUGAAGAUCAGUUGUCUGAACCUGUAUCGAGGUCCGUGCACCGGAAAAACGGAGGUUUACAUGUUAUGUGACAAAGUGCAAAAAGAUGACAUUGAGAUCAUCUUCAGGCGAGGUUCGUGGAAGGCUAGCGGGGAAUUCGCCCAGACAGACGUCCACCGGCAGAUUGCCAUUGUGUUCAAGACUCCACCUUACCAGGACCAGGACAUGACAGAAGAAGUGGAAGUCAGCAUCGUCCUGCGCCGCCUCUCAGAUCAAAUGGAAAGUGAGCCAGUGUCCUUCACGUACCUGCCGUGUAAUCCAGAUCCAUAUGGGGUGAAGAGAAAAAUAAAGUCAGAUAUCCACUUCAGAAACAGAUCCUGUGUGACAGCUAAAUGUGCAACCGAAGCAGAACCGCUGUCCUCGCAGCUGUUCCAGUUCCCACAGUCUCAAAGCAUGACGUCUCCGGAGGAAAGGCUCUGUACUGCCCAACCUGGCACGUCCACUUCAGGGGACAUCUGCUGCAAUGAUCUGGACCCUGACUUCAGCUCUGAAGAUAUUACUAUCCUCAAUCAGCUGCUUGACAUGCAAGGAUUAUGGGAUGCAUUUCCCAAGGCAGCCAUCAACCAACCCGUGGCUUCUGGCUUUGACCAAGGGCUUGAUACCAAUGCAAUGUUUGCCAACGUGGACGUGAACUUUAACCCAAAUUUUGAGCCAUACACACAGGACUUCUCGCAUUACAGUGACCUGCAGUUUAGCAUGCUAGUCAAUGAGAACCAGAGCUCACACUCGGAGCCUCAGGACAGCCCUUCCCAUAUGAUUCAAGUGAAGGUCGAAGAGGAGCCAUAAGGGAGCAGUUAGUUUUAUGUAGUGCACUUAUCUGCUCCAUUUCCUGUUUAAUCUGUACACAUUUAGAGUCAGGAUUGAACUGUUCAUCAAGGCUGUCUUCGCUCUGACUACGUGAUAGGUUUGCAGACUUUUUUGGACAUUUUUGUGUUUGUCUGAAGAUCUUGCUGGUCAUGGCUUCAGCAACAAGAGUAAUAUUCCAGGCUGAUGCAUCCGGGAGCAGACUGGGUUCUCCUCCUGGUGCUGUGAGCAUUAAACUCAUGUUUGUAGUAAAUGUUAAAAGAUAAACAUAUGGCCAGU